UUUUCCUUCCAACGUGACUUUUACUCUGCGGGGACUGGGGCUGGAAGGAGACACACUGGGGUCUAUCUGCAGGAGAGCCACGCCAUUGGCCCGCCGGUGGACCCACAAGGGAGGAGCAAGCCGAUUCAGACAUGAGUGUUUGAAGUGACUUCCAGUAUAUUCCCGUACCUCACCUGUGCAAGUCAUGGACGACCAAGGCUGCCCGAGAUGCAAAACAACCAAGUACAGGAAUCCGUCGCUGAAGCUGAUGGUGAACGUGUGCGGCCACACGCUAUGCGAGAACUGCGUGGAGAUGCUCUUCGUGCGCGGCUCGGGCAACUGCGUGCAGUGCGACACGCCCCUCAGGAAGUGCAACUUCCGCGUGCAGCUCUUCGAGGACCCGACUGUAGAUAAGGAGGUGGAGAUCCGCAAGAAGGUGCUGAAGAUAUACAACAAGAAGGAUUUUGACUUCGCCAGCCUGAGAGAGUAUAACGACUACCUGGAGCAAGUGGAGGACAUAGUGUAUAACCUGACAAACAACGUUGAUGUUGAGAACACCAAGCUGAGGAUGGAGCAGUACCAGCGGGAGAACAGAGACCUGAUCCAGAGGAAUAAGGCUACACUUACCCGAGAGCAGGAAGAGCUGGAGGAGCUGCUCUUGAUGGAGCAGCAGGGCAAUGAGCAGAGGAGGCUGGAGCUGCUGCAGGAGGAGCAGAGGCAGUUGCAGACCAAGAGGAAGAACAAGCAGGCUCUGCUGGAUGAACUGGAGCAGUCUCAGGUUCCUGCCACCAUCUUGCUGGCCAAACACAAGGUCCGCGCUGCCCAGCUGGAGACCCAGAUUGAACAGCAGAAGCAGACGGUCAAACCUACGACUCUAUUUUCUACUGGAAUCCAUUUGCGUCAGACGGUGUCUCUCCUACCUGUGCCCAAGAUAGAAGAAGUCCUGUACCACUACAAGCCUCUCCAUGUUGAAACCUAUGGACCCCCAGUGCCUGAGUUGGAGCAGCUGAGCAGAGUCGGGUAUCUGAACCACGUGCGUGCCGCCAUGCCUCAGGACACAGCUGGAGGAUACACCUCGGCUUUGGCGUGUCAUCGGGCCAUUCAGGAUGCUUUCAGCGGGCUGUUUCCUCUAAAAGGCUAACAGUAGCUACUAGGUAGAAACGUGACUGAACGGACUAUAAAUACUGCGCUGCUACGACUAUGAAGAGCUGCUGUGGUGGGUAGACGUGUUUUUUUUGUUAAUGUAUAUACGUUUUUAUAUUUUGUGUUAAUUUUAUAUUGAAAUAAACCACAGGUUGAAAACAGGA